CCGGAAGCAGGCGGGUGACUGUUGGUUAGUUUGUGCUCGACAUUAUUGUUAAGGUUGUAUGGACUAUCACUGCGGACUUCAGGCUCAUUUCAAUAUAUCAAAACUGUUUAGUAAAAAAAAAAAUAAUUGCAGGCAAGUGACAUAUGCAUCGUGAAUGUGUAGAAAUAUCGAGAAAUUUUACGACGCUUGAGAAACAAGACGAGCAAUGAGCUGGACGCGGGAAGGCCGGCUGGUGAAUGGACAAAAACAUAAACAAAGCGGUAGAAGAGGAAGCAAAUGUUGAUGUAUACAUGGUUAUAUAUGAAGGCUUGCAGUUCAAUUUGGAUACAGAAGAUAAUCAAUAUCAUCAGUCAACGAAACAUCUGCAAUGGCUGCUGUGAAUUGGGAGGAUCCAUAAGGCUUGUAAUCUGUGCUACAACCCAGAGCAUUCUCUUCUGCUCGUAGGGUACAAUGGCCAACUCUGUCGCUACCCUGGUAGUCCAAACGGAGCUUCUUCCCAGCCAGACUUCCUCGUCCCUCUCUCAUUUUCCGACGCUUCUUCCCUCAGUGGAAGAGGAGGAUAAUGAUGAAGAGAAAGGUGGAGAGGAAGAGAAAGGGUCAGAAACCGCCACGCUUACAGAAGUCGAGAUGGUCACAUCGUCCACGUCUCCAGGUGCGACAGGGUCCCAAAAUCCUGAACACCCCUUUCAGUGUCUAGAUUGUGGGAAGAGUUUUAAGUGGUCUUCCAGGUUGGCACAUCAUCAGCGUAGCCAUAACAAUGAGAGGCCUUAUCGCUGUAACCUCUGCCCCAAGGCUUUCAAAGGCUCAUCCGCUCUGCUCUAUCACCAGAGGUCUCAUUCAGGAGAAAAGCCUUAUAAAUGUGAGGAUUGUGGUAAAGCAUUUAAGCGCUCAUCUCUCCUCCAGGUCCAUCGCAGUGUGCAUACUGGUUUGCGUACCUUCCAGUGUCCAUACUGCCCUCUCACCUUCAAAUGGAGCUCUCACUACCAAUAUCACCUACGCCAACACACAGGCGAGUGCCCUUACCCGUGUGACCGAUGUCCCAAAGCAUUCAAGAACUCCAGCAGCCUGCGUAGGCACAAGAACGUGCAUUUGGGUGUCAAGCCUUAUGUCUGUUUGGUGUGCAGCAAGGCUUUCAGCCAGUCAACCAAUCUAAGGCAACACAUGCGCAUACAUACGGGAGAGAGGCCAUACAUCUGUGGCGAAUGUGGUCGCAGUUUCACACACUCCUCCAACUUGGCACUUCAUCGCAACUCACACAUGGAGGUCAAGCCUCAGGGUGGGGGAAAGACAGGAAAGGUAGCUUCACGGACGAGUGUAGAGGUGGUGCUCGAGGAAGCCACGUCAGAUGAUUUAAAAGCAGUCGAAAUGACAAUAUCAGACAUGGUGGGCCUUGUGGGUGGGCAGGAAGGAGGGACAAGUCAGGUCUUCCUGUCUCGCCACGUGCCCUCCUCUCGUGCACUGUCCGCAGUUGAAGGCGGUCAGAACACCCUGACAGCCACCAGCUCCGAGCAUGUUCAGGUGAGCAUGGCAGAGUCAACAGAUACAGAUGCUAAUGUGCUGUUGUACAGCUGCGGCAGCUGCAACGAGACAUUCGGAACACAAAGACACCUGGAAGAACAUCAAGCAUUGCAUCUGCACAACCUGGGGGCAGGUAAUGGGGGUGAGGACAUCAGAGUUGAUGGUAUGGAGGCUCAGGGAGGCGGGGUUUCACUGGUUGGGAUGGCCCCCUUGUUGGCUGACUUUGAGGAGGUGGUGGAAACCACGACCGUGUCAGAGAGUGGGCAGGGGACAGAACUGCUUGGAUUGGGUAGUAUUGGGGGUGGAUCUGGGCAGGUUCAUUAUGACUUGCUCCAGACCUUCACGAGCUCUGUGGCCCAGUUGCCCUCAGAUGAUGGCGGAUCCAUAGAGGACACUACUGUGGCUGCAUUGUCUGAGUGUGCCUACUGCGGUAAAACCUUCAAGAACAGCAGCUCGAUGAGCAGACACAUGGCACAGGUGCACCCUCUGGCACUGUCCCAGUCCAGAUCUCAAUUCAGCUGCUCUGUGUGUGACCGAUCCUUCCCCCUGCUGUCAUCCCUACUUUCCCACCAGCUCUCGCACACUGAGGAGCAGAGACUGUUGGCCGAGGCAGAGGCCGAGAUAGUAUGCCCUCCCUCGCUGUCCCUCUCACUGCCCCUGUCAUCCUCAUCCUCUGCUAAGAGAGAAGGAGGGGAGGACGGAGAGGGAGAAAGGGAGAUCCAUGUCAGCCUUAUUGCAGUCACAGAAGAGGGAGAGAAGCAAGCUGUGAAAUCAACCAAUAGGGCAUCAGGGAAGGCAGGAAAAAGAGGAGGCGGGAGCAAGGGCUCUGCAGCAAAUAUCGAGAGGCCAUAUCGUUGUUUGGAAUGUGGGAAAUCCUUCAAGGGUUCUUCAGGUCUGCGUUACCACAUGAGAGACCAUACAGGAGAGAGACCGUACCGCUGCAUAGAGUGUGGAAAAAGCUUUAAGAGGUCUUCCUUACUGUCCAUACAUCAACGGGUGCACACUGGAGUGCGAGCCUUCCAAUGUCCUUACUGCCCUUUGACCUUCAAGUGGAGUUCACAUUACCAGUAUCAUUUGCGGCAGCACACUGGCGAGCGGCCCUACGUUUGCCAGGAGUGCGGCAAAUCGUUCAAGAAUACCAGCUGUUUGCGCCGACACAGCCAGUUGCAUUCGGGUCUGCGACCGCAUGCCUGCUCUGUGUGCGGCAAGUCGUUUUCUCAAACCUCCAACCUAAAGCAACAUGAGCGCACACACUCGGGCGAGAGGCCUUUCCAAUGUGCGCAGUGCCAUAAGAGUUUCACACACUCCUCCAACCUUCAGCUUCAUCUCCGCACGCACUCCUCACGCAAGGACUACAAGUGUCAGCGCUGUGGCAAAGAGUUUGUCAUGCACUCCUACCUGCAGAGGCACCUGCGGACACAUAACAGCAGCGAUACGGCCAUGUGCAUAAAGGAAGAAGGGAAAACACAUAAGAAUGGCAUUGGGACCUCAGAGAUGCCAGCUGCUACUCUGAAUCUAAAUAUGAAUGCAGCUGGAGGGCUCAGUUCCCUAUUUUCUAAUGAAGGGAAUUCCACACUCAUUCUCUCACCGUCGAAUUUGGACAUUCCUCCUAACAUGUCACAAAAUUAUUUUAUGAUCCAAACCCCUACAGGACUACAGCUGAUCCCACUGUCUAAUCCAACACCCACACAGCCUGUCCCAGAUCCUCCACCUCCUCCUCCACCACCUCCCCCUCCACCGUCCCAGAACUUCCUGCUUCUUCAAUGCCAGUCCACCAAUGGGAGCCAACCGAGUCUAAUUCUCGUUCCCACAGCGUCCAAUACAAACAGUCUUCCCGCCCCAUCAGCACCACAGCCCCUUCCCUUGGUCCAGACCAUACCAGCACUGCCACACAUAACCACUUUAGCUCCAGCCCAAACUCAGAUAUCACCGUUUCAGCCACUCCAGACCCAGCAGAGGUUUAUUUUCACCAACAACAGUGCUCCCCUCAUCACUACUCCACACACCCAAAACACGAUAGCCAGUACUAGACCAAUUCUAGGAACACUUAGCCACACCAGGAGCCCUAGAACCAGGCGUGGGCGCAGAAGUAAAACUCAGAAAUCUGGGCCCGUGGCACAGUCUGCAUCUGCCCCGGCAACUCAAGGAUUAGUCCCUUCCACUAUUUCAACAUCCACAGUUACUGCUUCUGUUGCAUCAACAACAACUUUGUCUCAGCAACAUGAUCUUCCAACAACUGCACCAUGUCUGAAUUCAGAUUCUGUGCCUGACACACCUUCCGCCCCUGCUACUGAUACUAUAUCAGCAGUGACCCCAACUACACCACCAAAGGACAGCCGCUGUAUUUUGACAUGUGACCACCAAACUGCGUCCACUGCAGAGGAGGUUGAGAAACUUCCAGAGUCACUACCAGAGAAGCGCUUUGUUCUGUGCUUCGAGAAGGAGAGUGGGCAGAGGGAGCAAGGAGACGGUGUGGAGGUGAAGGUGGAGAUGAAUGAAGGGGUGGAGGGAGAAAGGUCAUAUGUGUUACAUUUUGAAGGAGAAAGUGAACAUGUGGAAGAAGGAUGUGAAGAUAGAGGGGAGAAAUCCUACGUUCUCCGAUUUCAUUCAGAGGAAGAAAUAGAGGGGGAUGGAGAAAAGGAGAAGACUGGGAUGGUUUCUCUUAACUUGCUUCAAGAUUGGCAUGGAGCAAGAGAAAGUGAAAGAAUGGAAGGGUUUGUAGAAGGUGUUGAGAUGGAAGAGAAAGCGUUUGUUCUUCAUUUUCAAACAGAUGCUCCAAGUGAUGAAGACAUCGCUCAGAAUACUGGCUUUCCUGAAAGCUCUAGUGAAGAUUUGAGACUUUCUUGCCAUUCUGGCCAAGCCUUAAUGCCUCUUGGUGGCCAGGAGGUUAUGUUUGAAUUGGGCAGUGAAGCUAAAAUCGAUGCAGACACAGGAAGUGGGGAAAGUGUUCAAAUGAUUGCAGUAAUAGAAGGUGGAGCCAGCGGUUCUGAAACAGGGGGCAGCUUUACUAAUCCUGGGGGAGUCACUGGGACAGGAGCAGGGCAAAUGGGGAGUAUAUUUCAGUUAGAGGGAGGAGAAGGUAUUGUUAUUAUUGAGGUUAGUUCCAGCAGUUUGACAGAGGGAACAGAAGGAGUUUCGGUAGGAUUAAGGAACAUGGACAAAGAAGGCACUGCUUCACAAGAAGUGACGUCAGAAGAGCAGAAGAUACUAGAAACUGAGAGCAGACUGUCAGCCAGCGUGAAUGGGACUUAAGAAAAAGCUCAUAAAAGAACCUCAUAAUGAUGAAGCCUGUGUAUUUUUCUGACACCACACACACGGCCCUACUAACCAACGCACCCUACUAACUACCAGCAACCUGUCUCUCAUGAAACACACAGAUUUUUAAUGAUAAUCUUUUAUAAUCCAGAUGACUAAAUCUUAAAGCAGUUAUUUACUUUCAUUUGACUUUCAGCUACCAGGAGAGUGAAAUGCAGGGGGAAAUUAUGCUUUAGGGUAAAAUAAGCUUGUAGUGCAAUGGAUCUUUCUAUGUUGUCCUCUAACUUCAGUCUUUCUGCAUGUCCUGGGUACUGAGUUCCUCCUCAGCCCGUAGAGGGAGUCGUUUCAUAAACCACACACAAAAGAUAUGAUGCUUUUUCUAAACCUCUCCACUUAGUCUGAACUGAAGAGGAGUUGCUGAAGAAUGUUGGACGACUGCAAACUAAUAUGCUGUCAUGUUGACAGCCAAAGUGUAACAUGAGCAAAAAGAACUGUGAAUAUGUCUAUAGUUUGUUUAGUUUCAUUAUCAUUGUUGAUAUUAGUAAAUUAUCACGUGCAACAAUUUCUGUCACUGGUGUUGUUUUUUUUAAACGUUUAUUCUGCACUUAAGAUGAACUAAAUAAAAAAAAUGUCAAUUAAAAAACAACAAUUAAUUA